CUCCCGGCGCGCGGGGCGGGGUCUCGCGCGCAGUGUUGGGCGCGCUGCCGGCGGCGGUUGGCGCCUCGCCUUGAGGGAUCCGCGCGCCGGCCGUUGCCGCCCCUGAGAUAAGAAUAAAAAAUGAAUUUUAAUGUCUGGAAUAUCAAAGAGAUGUUCAGUACUCCCACAGUCACAAGGACUAAUAAAUCAUCCAGUCGGAGCAGUGCUCCUAGUGAUUACUUCAGCCUCAGUGACUCUCAGUUCCUCUUUGGUUCCCAGUUCUGUCCAGAGAACUCACAGUCAGCACCAGUGCCCCUGGAAUUCAGUGCACAGUCAAGACAACAAAAAAGCUCCCAGCAGAACUCUCAGGAUAGUGAGCCUGGUAUUUUUACAAAGUACCAGACACAACCUCAAUUGUUUGGUGGCGAUGAAAAGGAAAAGGGCUCGUUUAAUUUUGGUGUUGGAAACCUCAAGAAUGUCUUGGAGCAGUUUGAAGUGAAUAAGAAAAAAAUAAAGGACAAACAUAACAGUGAAGUUUUAAGCACCUUUAUUUCCAGUGUCAAAGAAAGCAUUCAGGGGUUGCAAACAUGCUUGGACAAGUUUGAAGAAAGUUUAGAUUCAAGAAACAAAUCAAUUUUGGAUUGCUUGGAAGCCAUUUCUAAGACCUUGCAAGAGACUGCUCAGUCCCACUAUGGAUCAGUGCUGAGUGCUCUAACAGACAAAAGCCAAAUGGAGCAGAUAUUACUGGAGAUGGAGAGGAGACUUGCAACUAAAGAUACGGAGAUUUUAGAUGUGAAAUCCAAUUUACAGUUACUGAAGGAGAGUCUGGAACUACUAACAUCUCAGCAGAAUAAGCAACAUCAGAAGCUAUGUGAACAGUUAAAUCACCUACCGUUCCCCAACAUCUUAGCUGAACUGCAGACAUUCAUUUCCACUUCCAGAUUUCCCAGUUGCAUAAAGGAUAAUGCAUCCCAGACCUCUCCAGAUAUAUUACAGGACCUCUAUCUCAUCAGUCAGGAGAAAACAUGCUGUCAGUGCUAUCAGACCAUGAGGGUUUGCAGAAAGAGUUCAUUUCAGACUCAGCCAUGCACCAUGACGAUGGCAAAUAGACAUGGAGAUUCCCAUAUGAAGAAUCACAUAGCUAAAGAUGAUAUACACAAGAGUUAUUUAAACACAGCUGCUGGAAGGGAGGUCAAUCUCACUACUACAGCUUCACGAGGCAAAGAAAACAUGACUAUACAAGAGAUGAAGUCUGCUUUAGAAAAGCAACCCUCUGCUAAUAAUCCACUUUGUGCCUGCUUCUCCAACACUGAUGUUUUUGGGGAUAGUCAUGAGAAACAUCAGCUGCUUACUCAAGAAAUACCUCAAGCCAUACCUCUGAGGAAGGUAAUCGGGAAAAACUCUAAGGGAAUCAAAACUGUGACUCCUUCACAACAAAAUCAGAGCCAACUUUGCCACCCUCCCGUACAAAACAAUUUGGCUGGACAAAGAGACAAAGACUUUGUCACAGACAACAUGAUGCAUAUCACAGUUGUAGGAAACAGACUAAAAAAAGAAAAGACCAAAAAACCCCGCCAGAGUAAAUUAACAGUGAGGAAAAGAAUGUACGUUGCUAAGAAAAAAGGAGACCUUUCCAAGUGUCCUGACAGUAGUCUAAAGAAAAAAAUGACCAGCAGAUCGAUGGAGUCGGAGGAUUCCAGAAAAAAUUAUUCUCCCACAGAUACAGUUAUGCUUCAUUCAGAGAACUCUGGCCCAGUGUCUUCAGCUCCCAGUCACCAAAAGCUAAGCAGGGCCCAACACAGAAACAAAGAAAACUCCUUGCCGGUGCUCCACUCUCAUGAAAACCUGGAAUGGCUUGCAGCCAAGAGGAAGGAAAUAUUGGAAAAUAAGAGGAGAGUGGAUAUUUGCAAUACCAAACGGACUCUCUGUUUCUGGGAUUGCUCUCCCUGGGAGAGUAACAUAAAGGGUGAAAAACAGAUGAGCUGGUUCAGUCUCCCAAGCACCAUGGCUUCUAAUAAGUCGAGUCUUUCUUUCGCCCCUGCCCAGCAUAAGAAUACAACAUUUUGCUCCUUAGUUUUUGAUAGCGAUUAUUCUGAUUGACAUUUUCUGUUUGAUUUUCCCGAUGUAUAAAGAAGUGUGGCUAGUUCAAUCCGUGUUUCCUUUAGGUCUGUUGGCUUUUUAAUUUCUCAAGUUCUGUCACUCUUUAGACAUUGCACAUAACUGAGCAUAUGGCACCUUGGAGCCCUGUAUGGAGGGAUAAGUCUUUUACAUACACAUGGCAGCCCCCUCUGGCAAUAUACAAGAUGUACUCAUACCUAAAUUACAUUGAAUUGUCAUUGGAAAGCUUUGUGUAUUGUAAAUGAUAAUAUGUUGCUGUAUUCUGUCCAGAAAUGAGGUCUGGGGCAAGGAUUCCCAUUCACCUGGGCAAGCUGAUGUGCUCUUUUUUAUUUUUAUAUUUUGGUGUCUCCCUGCUCUUAACAGAAAUGCCAUUGUUUUCUAAUUGCUGUUAUCUUUGCUUAGCAGAAGAGGGUCUGUGAUGCUUGCCUAAAUUUCCACUAGCGAGAAAACUGCUAGCAGGCUAAGGGGCACAGAAACACGGCUGAAUCUAUUGUUACUAUAUCUAGAAGUGGAAUCUAUUUUAAACUUUUAAAGACGUGUAAUACAGUGUCUGUGGCCUGGGGCUUUAAUUUCAGUUUUUCAUUCUUUCUCUUUAGAGUGGUUCAGAUGGCUAAGGGCCCAAAUCCUGGUCCCACUGAAAUGAAUGGGAAUUCUUAUGAUUGACUUCACACAGUUAAGAUUAGCCUUAAGUCUUUUGCCCUAUUCUGGGUAAAUCCCUUUUGUGUGAAAUGUACCUUUUGUUGUGUUCACCAGAUAUAGCAUUUCUUCUCCUUUCAAGCUUAUUUCUCUGGUCACUUUCUUCAGUUUGUCUCAUUUUUUUCUCAUCUGCAUAUCUUAGCUAAUCAAAAUCUUCAUCUUGUGUGUCUCUAGUGUAUUAGGACCUCAAAGAAAAGCUAGAAAGGUGGUACCCAUAAAACAAGAUGCCAAGAAAGACCAUUUGUUCUGUCUGUUUUUGUUUAAAAGACUUUUGUAUUUCUAAUUAACGGUGAUUUCAAAUUCAUAGGUUUUAAGGUCAGAAAGGACCAUUAGGGUCACCAGUUCUGAGCUCCAGUAUAACCCAGGCCAUAGAAUUCCACCCGAAGAAUCCUGCCUCAAGCUUAUAGCUUGAUGGAAUUAUAGCAGCUCCUUUAGAAAGACAUCCAGUCUCAAGUUUAAGUUUUGAUCACUUCAAGUAAUUUUAUUCUAUUUGAUCUCAGAAUCAGGUUUGCCUUGACAAAUGAAACACUUCAAUAUUUAGGAAAGAGAUCUGCUGUCAUGAAUAUAAAUGGCCUCAUUUUGUCAUUCCAAAAUAAAUCUAUAUUUAUUGUUUAUCUAUUA